AUGACUAACACCUCUUAUUCUCCCACAUCCAAUGGUGACGACACUUCGUCAACGACGAACCAAUCCCCUAAUGCGGCGAAAACCAACUUUCAUUCUGCUUUCGCCAUUACCAACGUCAAAAACAUCAUACCAGUGACGUUGGAUAAUGACUCCGAUCUCUAUCUCUCUUGGUCCGCUCUAUUCACCGUGCAAGCACGUGUUCACAACGUGCUUGAUCACAUCAUACCACCUAUUGACGAGCAAGCUCGUGCUGAGGCAGCCACCAUCAAAGCCAAAGAUCCCGACCUUUGGAAUCGUCUAGAUGCCGUUGUGUUGAUCGCCGCUAUGUUCAAUGAUAACAAGCACUUACAGGCCGUUCAACUUGAAAACCAGUUUAGCAAUACCAAUCUGGCAGAUUUUCCCUCCACCAAAGCCUAUUGCAACCGUCUCAAGCUCCUCUCCAAUCAACUCGCAAACGUUGAUUCUCCAGUCACAAAUACUCGUUUGGUAUUAAAAAUGAUCUCCGGUCUCACAGAGGCUUAUGUCGGGUUUGUAACUUACAUCCAACAACACAAUCCUCUUCCAACCUUUGCAACCGCAAAAUCAAGGUUUGAACUUGAAGAAUCUACGAUGCUUCAGCGAGCCGCUCGUGACUCUGGCUCUUCCUCCACUCCGGCGGCACUCAUGGCCAAAACUCCACUGUCAAAUGAUGAUGUCCCUCGUCAUUCCUCUCAUGGUUACACUUAUCAAAACCGUAACCCACCAUCCAACACCUCUCGUGGUAACCGAGGCAAAAAGAACAACCGUAACAACGGUGGCCGGAACUACGGGAGGGGCGGUCGGACAAGUCCCAAUCAUUUCAACGGCGGAGGUCACGGUCAGGGUCAACAACAAUGGCAACAAUGGAUGCCAUGGCAACAAUGGGCUCUACGGAAUAUACCACCUUGCCCUUAUCCAUCUUACAAUUGGAGUAGGCCCACUAAUGCUGCACAGACUUAA